CCAAAUAUGCACCAACAAAUGCUGUGUCUGCAUCAUGGUCCCCAAAGGCACCAACCUUCUCUGCCUUGUGCUCUGUCUGGGGCAGAGGAUUCAGGGACAGAAAUGGAACCUCCCCUUUCCUACCAUAUCUGCCAUACCAGGUUCUGUGGUUCCCCGGAAUGAGACUGUGACGGUCCUGUGCAAGGGAACUCCUGAGUCAUACCUGUACCGCCUGGAGAUUCUGAGAAACUCUGAGUACCAGAAGGUAGAUGAAAUAUUGGGAUUUCAGAAGGAGGCAGCUGAAUUCACCAUUCGCUCCAUGGAUGCAAACUCUGCAGGGCAUUACCGCUGCCGAUAUAAGGACUACAAAGGCUGGUCAGGGCACAAUGACACCCUGGAUUUGGUGGUGACAGGCUUUUAUGACAAACCCUUCCUCUCAGCUGAUCAGGACCACCUGGUGGCACUGGGCGAGAACGUUUCCCUCUGGCGUGGUUCAGCUAGCAUCCCAUUUGACAGAUUUUCACUGACAAAGGAUGGGGGAGUUGACCUGCCACCACAUCAAAAUGAGGGACACCAAGGCAACUUCACACUGGGUCCUGUGAACCACCACUUCUCAGGGAACUACAGGUGCUACAGCUGGUACAAUGCCAGCCCUUAUGUGUGGUCAUCUCCUAGUAACACCCUGGAGCUUGUUGUCACAGGAUCUCCUGGUUUCAGCACACCAGAGAACACAGGACUAGACACCAUGAACCAGGAUUACGUGACGGAGGAUUUGAUCCGAAUGAGUGUGGCAGGGCUGAUCCUUGUGGCUCUCCUGGCGAUAUUGGUUGAAGAUUGGCACAGCCGUAGGGUGUUACACAAGGAAGAUAGGCAAGACUUCACUGAAAUGAGCUGGAGUAAACGGAAGUGUCAGACAGAAUGGACCCUUGAACCAGCCUCUAAUGGCCAUCAGGCAGAUACCUGAAAAUGAAUGUAGAGAUGAGUCAGAACCUGUAGAGUCCUGCAAAGCUCCUUGGAGGACUCAAGGCAGAAAGGGGCACUAAGGAGCUUGGAUCCAUUUUCAAACCAAUCAAAUGGUGUUUUCUUAUGUGGAUAUGAUAUUAUUUCCAUCCCACCUUUCUGAACCUUGGUUGUAAUUUUCCAUCUUUAUUCUCAUUUUGCAUACCCUUUUUAUUUUUCUUCUUAGUUUUUUUCUUUCUCACAUUUUUUGAAAUGAGUGCCUCCACCACAUAUAAAUAAUUGGUAAGCAUGACUAAAAUAUUCAGUAAAUCCCCCCUCUAUCCUUAAGCUAUCUGUUUUGUUCAUCUCUAAAUUGACAAAAGUGAAUGCCAUCAUUCUAUGAGAUUUUUUCCUUUAUUUUUCUCCAUUUAUAUGGGAUUUAUUUAAACACUAGUAUGUGUUUCAUCUCCUUUUUUUGUCAUUUAAUUUUCAGAAUAAUUGGAAAUUUAUAUAAUUUUACCAUUCUGGGGCUUAAGAUUUUUCACUGUACCCCAGGAUGUAGGCAGGUUCUGACAUGAAUCUAGCAGCAUGGAUACCUCACUGAGGGCUAUGUUUUUAUCUUCAGACUAGAGUUUAUCAUUCAGGUUCCAAUUUUAUGACGCUGGUUCAUCCACAUCAAGAGUUUAUAAAUAUGAGCAAUUUCAGAAAAUGAAUCUUCCAUAUUAAACUAAGAUGGCAUUUUUGUAUCAUCUGGCAUUGAAAAAUGACGUGGCAGAGGCUUCUGACCUCCUCUAACUUCACGAGGGGGAAGGAGAAUCAAGAUCAACAGCCAGCCCACGGCUGGUUACUAUGAGGCA